CCCGCUCUCAGGGCGCGGGUUUAAAAGGAGGGAAGGCGGGCGCCCGACUCAGCCGCUGCGGAGUGUGGGGUCGGCAGCCGCCUGGGCACAGCCAUGGCCCUGCGGGCGGAGGGCGCGCGGCUGCUCGGCGGCCUCCUGCUCUUCGCUUUGCUGGCCGCCGGCACCGCCUCACCCGGCUUUGACCUCCAGGAGCCCCGCGGCCGGGCCGGCAAGAUCCGCGUGCACCCGCGGGGCAACCUCUGGGCCACCGGUCACUUCAUGGGCAAGAAGAGUCUGGAGGCCCCCAGCCCAUCCUUCCUGGGGACAGCGCCCCAGAUCUCCCUGAGGGCCCGGCGUCUGCAGCGGAGUCACGACCUGCUUGGGAUCCUCCUGCUGAAGAAGGCUGUGGGCCCGGGCCCUGGCGGCCCAGCACCGCGCACCCAGCACGACGCCUGGCGCACAGAAAGCACUCAAGAAACAGGAGCCCUUGCCAGUCCGAGAGCUCCCCGGCAGCACCUGUUGCUGGCUCACCUUCUGUCCCCUCCCUGGCUUACAGAGGCUGCUGGUGCAAAUGCUGCAGAAGUGAUGCCUUUAAUGAGGAAGAUACAACAACGGGGCUCUGACUGUGCCCACCCAGGGAAGGUGCUGCAUGGGACCCUGGUAGGGGUCCCACCUGGAUGUAAAUCCUGGGCUCAGACCUCUGUUACUCCAUUUCUGUGAUUUGUGGUUGGGCUGCCAGGAGUAUCACCAAUGUGGACACAAAUUAUGUUCCUUCUGUAUUUCUCGCUUCCCUGUGGAAAUUGUGAAUAAAAACCCUUCUCUUUA